GCCGGCGAACGCGGGCCCAGAGCAGCGCGGCGCUGCAAGUUCCCGCCAUGAGCAGUCGGCUCCCGAGGCUCCGCGGCUCCGGGGCCGCCCUCCCGGCCGAGCAGCCCUGCCCCGUCGCCCCGCGGCAGCAGCGCCCCUAACGCCGCCGGUGCAACCGCCGCCGCCGCCCGUAUCCCUGCCGCCGCCGCCGCCGCCUCGGCCGCCGCAGCGCCGACAGCAUGUCUCGGAGGAAGAUUUCGUCCGAGUCCUUCAGCUCCCUGGGCUCCGACUAUCUGGAGACCAGCCCCGAGGAGGAGGUGGAGUGCCCGUUGUCCAGGCUCUGCUGGAACGGCGGCCGCAGCGCGCCCGGGCCGUUCGAGCCCAGCGCGGCGCUCGUCUCCGCCCGAGUCCCGGCGGCCGGCGCAGCAGCAGCCGCCGCAGUCAGCGCCGCCACGGCCGGGGCCAGGCGAGCGCAGCGCCGGAGGCGGGUCAACCUGGACUCGCUGGGCGAGAGCAUCAGCCGUCUGACGGCGCCCUCGCCCCAGAUGAUACAGCAGACUCUCAAGAGGACACUGCAAUAUUAUGAGCACCAAGUUACAGGUUAUAGGGAUACAGAAAAGAAUUUCUACAAUAUCUCUAACAGAUGCUCCUAUGCAGACCAUUCCAACAAAGAGGACAUUGAAGAGGUCUCAGGAAUUCUUCAGUGUACUGCUAAUGUACUCGGUUUGAAGUUUGAGGAAAUCCAAGAAAGAUUUGGUGAGGAAUUCUUUAAUAUAUGCUUUGAUGACAAUGAGAGAGUCCUCCGAGCUGUAGGUGGCACAUUGCAGGACUUUUUUAAUGGCUUUGAUGCUUUAUUGGAACAUAUUAGAACUUCUUUUGGAAAACAGGCCACUCUAGAGUCACCAUCAUUCCUAUGCAAAGAACUCCCCGAAGGUACUCUUAUACUCCACUACUUCCACCCUCACCACAUUGUGGGGUUUGCAAUGCUUGGAAUGAUUAAGGCUGCAGGAAAGAAGAUCUAUCGGCUGGAUGUGGAAGUGAACCAGGUUGCUGAGAAACUGUGCUCUGAUGGUUCAAACCCAGGCAACUGUAAUGGCCUUGCUUUCCUUAUCAGACAAUGUGAAAAUGCUAAUAUCACGAAGAACCUUCCACAGGGAACAUCCCAAGUUCCUGCGGACCUCAGAAUUAGCAUCAACACCUUCUGCAGAGCCUUCCCUUUUCACUUGAUGUUUGACCCCCACAUGUCAGUCCUUCAGCUGGGGGAAGGCCUAAGGAAGCAGCUCCGAUGUGACACUCACAAAGUGCUCAAGUUUGAGGACUGCUUUGAGAUCAUUUCUCCGAAGGUUAAUGCCACCUUCGAAAGGGUUCUGCUGCGCCUGUCCACCCCAUUUGUGAUUAGGACCAAGCCUGAGGCUUCUGGCACUGAGAAUAAAGACAAGGUGAUGGAAGUUAAAGGACAAAUGAUCCAUGUCUCGGAAUCAAAUUCCAUUUUGUUCUUGGGUUCUCCAUGUGUGGACAAGUUGGAUGAACUCAUGGGACGAGGGCUACAUCUCUCGGACAUCCCCAUCCAUGAUGCUACUCGAGAUGUCAUCUUGGUUGGCGAGCAGGCAAAGGCCCAGGAUGGGCUGAAGAAGAGGAUGGAUAAACUAAAAGCAACUUUGGAAAGAACUCACCAGGCCCUGGAAGAAGAGAAAAAGAAAACAGUGGAUCUUCUGUAUUCCAUUUUCCCUGGUGAUGUAGCCCAGCAGUUGUGGCAAGGGCAGCAAGUGCAGGCCAGGAAGUUUGAUGAUGUCACCAUGCUGUUUUCAGACAUUGUUGGCUUCACGGCCAUAUGUGCCCAGUGUACCCCCAUGCAGGUCAUCAGCAUGCUGAAUGAACUGUACACAAGAUUCGACCACCAGUGUGGAUUUUUGGAUAUUUAUAAGGUGGAAACAAUAGGUGAUGCAUACUGUGUUGCUGCAGGGCUCCACAGAAAAAGCCUUUGCCAUGCUAAACCCAUUGCUCUGAUGGCCCUGAAGAUGAUGGAACUUUCAGAAGAGGUGUUGACACCUGAUGGAAGACCAAUUCAGAUGAGGAUAGGCAUUCACUCAGGCUCUGUGCUGGCUGGAGUUGUUGGGGUAAGAAUGCCACGAUAUUGCCUGUUUGGAAAUAAUGUCACUCUGGCAAGCAAAUUUGAAUCAGGAAGCCACCCGCGACGCAUCAAUGUCAGCCCAACCACUUACCAAUUAUUAAAACGAGAAGAAAGUUUCACAUUCAUUCCUCGGUCCCGUGAAGAGCUUCCAGACAACUUUCCAAAAGAAAUCCCUGGGAUAUGCUAUUUCCUGGAGGUAAGAACUGGUCCUAAGCAGCCAAAGCCUUCUCUUUCUUCAUCGAAAAUAAAAAAGGUUUCCUACAACAUUGGCACUAUGUUCCUCCGGGAGACAAGCCUCUGAGACCUGCUGCAGAUCAAAGACUCCUCCAAAAGCACAAGCCCAGAACAUGGGUCAUGACAGGAGAAUGAAGAGAGAGAUUUCUCUUUCACUGCUUUGUUGAGAACAAACAGUGGAAUUUCUGUUAUGUCAGGCAAUAAUCCUGGAAAAAGAUGGGUGAUGACUGUCAAUAAAAAACCUGGAGAGCAAGGGGGCAAUGUAUUCGUUCUUAUGAGUGAUUUUGGUCACAUAUAUAUUAUAUAUGUAUAAUACAUAUAUAUGUAUUUUAAUUAAUUACAAAUGUGGGGCCCAUUCAAAACUAAUCAACAGUCCAUGUUUUCUUGUUUGUCACACAUAUAGGUAUCUUUAUAUAUUUGUAUUGCUUUUGAAAGCCAGUUUUGAUUAUAUAUUCCUACAUUUAGUGAGUUGGUAUGAGAGGAAUAUUUUCUAAUUUUGUUUUUCUGAGCAAACAUUUCAUACAUAUAUCUUGGCAGUGUGGUAAACUUCCCAGCAGGAAAAACUGUAACUGCAAAAUAUUUUAGGGAUAUUACCUAUUUUUAUACAUACCUCUAUAUAAUUUCAUGCAGCACUAUUAGAUUUUUCAGAAUAUGCUAUUGUAUAGUUGAUACAUUAUAUAAUUCUAACUUAUAAGUUAAAUAUAGUUUCACUUAGACUUAGACAUAACCUAGUAUUUCAGAUGCUGAGAAAGCAUUGUAUAUCUACUUAGUAAUUAUAUCUUUUAGAUUUGAUUAAUGUAGCACAGAAUCCAAAGGAAAUGGAAUUUCCUAAUAGCAAACGUAUGUAUCUAUAACCAAGAUUAAAGAUCUUUUUGCUAUUUUCUAAGAAAUAUCAGUGAAAAUAAAAUGCUUUGCUACACUGGACCCUUUCAACUUAGCACUUCUAAAUAUACAUAGUUUUUACAAUAUAUUAAAUUAUAAUAAAUAGCAUCCUACUAAAUGACAUGUAAGUCUUUCCCCCUUGCCCUGUCACCUUCUUCAAUGUAUGCUUCCUAAAGGCUAACUGCCACACUUGGGGAUAAAUUACUAAACACUGGCAUUAGUGAGAAAGAAGUGUAGGUUAUUUUGACAAGGAUGUUGUUUAUUCUUGCAUAAUAAAAACAAGGGAAAAUGUGCUUUAUGAAUUUGAGAUUUUUUAAUGUUCUUCUGUACUUUAUUUGAUGUGACUUUUUAAUUCCGUGAAUCACCUUCAUUAACACUGAAGUAUGCCUAACCUUCAUACUAAGUAAUCACAGUAGUUACAGAUAGGCUUCCAUUGCAUGUUCUGAUUAACAAUGCAUGAAGAUAUUAUUACAGACUCACCCUGAAAUUAGGAGCACAAUGUAUCCAGAAUUUUCCUAAUUUGGUUCAUAUAUAAAAACUAAGUUUCUCUUCAGUCUAAUUAGUUGGAAAGUAUUGUUUCCUUGAAACCUUGUGGUGGCCAAUUUCUUACUCCAGUGGGUAUAUUCACUGGUAGCUUCUGUCUACUGAAUAAAACACAUUUUUCUGUUUAGGUUUUGACUGCAUUAUGAUUUGGUUCUUGCAUAACUCAGUUAAGGAGUAUAUUAACUAGUGUCCAAUGUAGUCUGUGAGGAUUAAUUAGUGUUUUCAAGUUCCCUAAGUAUACAGCUAGAAAAUACUUUAAGAUAUGCAAAGUAUUUGUUAUAAUGGUUAUCAUUUUUAUAAUUAUUGAACUCUGUCUCUCCUUGGAGCAUAAGAGGACACUAGUGUAACACUUUUCAUGUGGAGAUAGGACCUAGAUCCUGAGCUCUCUGAAUCCAUGCCUGUCCCUCCAUUCCUUGGAUCUAGAUCUCUGUUUUUAACCACAUCUGAGCAAGAAGGCCAGGGUGUUUAUAGGAGCCUGUGGAGGCAGAGGACAAGGUGCUCUCACACGAAUAAUUACUCAAAAGAAUUUCUUUAGUGGGCUCGAAGAUUAACUCACUUCUUCCAUAGGGAAUAGAGGGCAAGUUUACAGUCAGUGUGGAAAGAAUAGGCUCUGGGAGCACUUUAAUCCUCCUGCUGAGACUAGGAAAUGCCUUAGCUAUGUCAAUGGUCUUCUUAUAGCGCAGGAGCAUGGGGAGGAACCAAACUCACUGAAGUCAUUUAUGCUUAUUCUGCACAGUCAUUUAAAGCAUAUUGUGAAAUAGUAAAUUGUAAGUAUUUUAAUCAUAACCAAUGUGUUUUGUGACCAUAAGGCUGAAAGGGACUUCCAGGAAUCAUCCAAUCUAUUUCUCUGCUUUUUGUAAAGAUUUGUCUAAGCAACUAUUCUAAACAUAUGGUUAUUUUCUCUAUACUUAAAACUAUCUGUGGGAAGCAUAUUUUAAAAGCAUCCUUGACAACCAUCAUUAUCUAGUAGUUGCUGAUAGGGCUUGGGAUAAGAAUUGUAUAUAUAUUCAAUUUGUCAGAAGAAUAACAAGCCCUUUCUUAGUUUAUAUGAUUUUACUUAGAGAAAAGUAGCUAUUUACAUUGUCACAAAUGUCACAAUGAAGAAUAUUCCAGAGAUCUAAUCAAUAUCACAAACAGGAUGUAAACUACAUUUUUCAUACAAUAUAUAUCUUUGAAGAUAUAGUCUGAGGCAAUAUUCUGAUCUAUUACCAUUUUUCCAACCUAGUACAGCUGACUUAUUAUAGCUACACUCUUCCUAUAUGUAUUUGCAAAAUAUGGUAUAAAAUGGCAAUUCAUUCUAGCUGCAAUCAUAGAAUUUAGAGGCUGUGAAAAAGCAUUAUAUUUUUAUUUGUCCUAUAGAGUACAAUACAUGUAUCCUCCAUUAGCAAUUGUGAUUGUAAUAAUGGGUGGCAUUUGGUAUUUCAUUUGACAAAUAUCUAUACAGUAUUUGCAUGGACAAACUAUUACAUCCAUCACGUGUUUUAGUGUGGCAGAUUGGAAGGGAUUUAAAUGAAUAUCCCUUUAGAAAUCAAGUGGUAUUAAAUUGGGGAAAUGGCUUUACCCACUCUAAAGGGGAUACCUUAAGGGAAAAAAUGUCACUUAUAGUCCUCUGUUUCAGUAUUCUUUCAAGCAACUGAUUUGAAGAUGUUACUUUAUGACUAGCCAUCAGUACCAAACCUUCAUGUUGGCAUCAAUAUGAUUUUAAUGGCGAGAAUGUCAUUGUUUACAAAUGAAUGAGUUAUAUAACAAAGCCAGAAACCCCCCAUAGGUACCCAAAACAUACUGCACAGUAUGUGCUCUGUGAACCUUAAUAAAUAAGUAACAGCCAUAAUAAAAAGAAUAAUACUCAAUGCCUGAAGAACACAUGUAGUUGGGACUCUUGACUGUGUCGUGUUGAGUAGAGAUGGGAAGGAAGAAACAACUUCUAGAUGACAGUUUAGUCCAACUGUCUAAAAUCGGCCUUGAAAUAUUUGUUGAUUUCCCUUUUAAUGCCUGAUUAUGUGUGAAAUCCAGCGGUCAUACACUCUGAGAUAGGCACUGAUGGCCUAAGGCUUGAGAGGGGGUUUAUGGGGGAUCCAGUGCUUCAAGUAUGUACUCUCAAGAUCUCACACUUUUCUUAUCUAGUAACAAUAGUAGCAGGAGCAUAGCGUUUUAUUGUCGAAGUGCAAAGUUGUGUGUCUCUCCAGGAGCCAAAUAGAACAACAACUUAAGCAAAAUCUCAUUCACAAGUCUUAAUUUGGCAAAUUCCUCCAAAGAGUUAUAGCAAUAAAGCAAAAUUACAUUGAUGGAUAGAGAACGCAAAAUCACAGAGAAUUUGGAAAGCUGCCAGGCUGUCUUUUUCUACAGAAUCAUACUGAUAUCAGUUGAAAUGGCAUAUUUGAUAUCAUGAGGUAUAAAGAGGGAGCUCAAGAUUAUGAACAUCCUUAAAUAUAUUUAUUGAAGAUUCCUUGUAUUCCUAACUCACUCAAGGCAAGUUUGUGGAUUAUCAGAGAAGACAGUAAAACUUCUAUUUUUAGGUUUCUGUUUGUCUGCAUUUUCAGAACAACUUAAUCCAUGCCCAGAUCCUCUCUUACUUACUCCAUGCUGUCAUUGGAAACCAUCGUACCAAGUCAAGUUUGGCUCCAUCAAACCUCAUUUUCUCUGUACCACUGAACCUAACAUGGCCAUAGAAAGAGUUGCAGAUGCCUAUUUUAGGCAGAUUGGAAGAUACACAAAACUCCAGGCCCAAGUAACAAAGUGCAUCUCAAGUGAACUAACCAUUCUUAGUUGAACUGGAGCAUUGCUUAUACCUGUAGCUUCUUUCUCUGAUCUCUUCAAAAUACAAUCUGGCUCUAAGCACUUUGUGCAAUUUCAAUAAAUGUUCCUGCAGAAUGAAUUACACGUGGCUCUGAAUAGGCUCUGGGUGGCAUCAGAUGUCUUUCAGCCAACAAUACCUAUAAAUUCAAGUCUAAGACCUAAGCCCUAUAUUAUAGUCUGGGUAUUUCUCUUAGAUUAUACCCUGAUGCUGGGAAAGAUUGAGGACAAGAAGAGAAGGGGCAAGAGAGGAUGAGAUGGUUGGGUGCAUCACUAACUCAACAGACAUGAGUUUGAGCAAACCCAGGGAGAUAACGAAGGACAGGAAAGCCUGGCAUGCCACAGUUCACGGGGGUAACAGAGAGUCGGACACAACUUGGUGACUGAAAAAGAAUAGCAAAUAUUCAGCUACAAAAUUUAUGUCAUUUCAGAGGCUUCUAUGAGCAUAUCUUAUUAGAUGUAACCUGAAGAACACAAUGCAUGAGAGGCUUAAUUAUUAAAGUUUAACAUACUACGUUCUGGAUGAUGAUUCUUUAAGGGUUGCUCUUGAUAUGAAUACACUUAAUUUACAACCAGCUGACUUAACAUGUACAUAAAUUGUGUUAACAUGAUUGAACGAAUUUAUUGUUAAAUGGAUAAACUGACUGCAGCUGUGGACUCAAUUUCACACUCCUCAUGGUAUUGAAUGAAGAACAGACACUGAUAUUAUAUACUGAAUAACAUAAAUUUUGUCAGAGCAUUUUGAGACAGUGUGCAAAAUUCCUUACACUUGAUUCAAAAAGUUGAAGCCUGAGCAUUAUGUUACCUUUCUGUUUACUUCCUUCUUUUGUUCCUUUAUUCCUUUCAUGAAAGUUCCUUUUUCUUUUCAUAAAAGUCAUUGCUCUUUCUUUUCUUUCUUCUUCCUUUCAUUAAAAAGUCAUUGGUACAUUUCUAAGCAGGAAGAAUCACAGCUAAUCUUAUGUUAUAGAAUAGUUUUAGUUUUAUAAAGUAAUAAACAAUGUGCAUUUGUGUGCCCUAAAUGUAGAUAUUACUUGAUUAAAAGGAAUGGCAUCUGGAAGGACUUGGGAUGUAGAGAAGUAAAGUUUGUGUCUUUAUUUCUAUUGGUCUGUGACUCACAGACCACAGCUUUAGCCAUGUGCCUCGUUGCCAGUUCCAUCCUUAUUAAGAAAUGAUCCUGUUCAAUGUUUCAACUCAUCAGCUUGGCAGUCUCUGACUGCCUUAGGAAGCUUUUUAGCAGUAGUAGUAUUUUGGUCACUAAGUCAUGUCCGACUCUUGUGACCCCAUAGACUGUAGUCUGCCAGGCUCCUCUGUCCUUGGGAUUCUCCAGGCAAGAAUACUAGAGUGGGCUGCCAUUUCCUUCUCCAGGAGAUCUUCCCCACCCAGGAAUCGAACCCAGGUCUCCUGCAUUGCGGGCAGAUUCUGUACCAACUGAGCGAUGAAGGAAGACCUGAGGAAAUUUUAGGGACACAAAUUACUGGGCUUUACCUUUAAGAUUUGGGUUCAGUAGGUUUCAGGUGAAGGCCUAGGAAUCUGUAUUUAGAAAAUCACUCUAGGUUAUGCUAAUAUACAGCCAGAUUUGGGGAUCAUUGAAGAAUAUUCAAAUAAUCCCAAUUACUAGGAAUAAAUACAAGCUGACUGAGAUAGAAAUAUUUUAUUUUAUUUGUAGUUAUUUUGAAAAGCAAAUGCUUCAGGCUUCAUAGCAUUAUUUCUUUCACAAGUUUUAAUUUUUCAGCUUUGGUUUCAAAUUUAUUGUCCACUUUUUGGGCAUAAGUCUUCAAAUUUAUUAUAGACUUAAGUCAAGACUGAUAAGCAUGAGGGACGAAUAUUGCUCACUAUUAGGCAUUCUAGACACAGUAAGGUUUUCUUAGAAACUGCCAGAGCUGUGCAGAAAACAUCACAAUAUUUGCUGACCCUUACCACCAAGAUAUGAACUAUGAAUGUUUGGACAGAGAAGUAAAUGUCAAAGUAACAGCCUUACUUCUGAGUGCUUUGAUUUUUAUGUUCUAAAACAUCACCAACUUGAUGCUUAGUCUCACUCUGCACUUUUCACAUUGAAUCAUACAUUCAUCUAAAAAUUAUUUCCUAGCAAUAUUUUAUAACAACAACCUUUAAGCAAUAAUCUAAGCCAUUAUGAUGAUGAUGUAUGAAACUUGCACUCCUAUGCAAGUUUAGGGAAAUAGAGACAUGUCUUACAUAAGCAAUAAUAUAAGUGGUGGGGACUUUUAAAUGAUAUUCACCAUUCUACUACAGCAAAAUGAGCAGCAAGGGAUAGAUAAAAAAUUAUCUGAGCAGGUAACAUGCUUAAUCUCUCUCAUAAGUCCUUCAUUUGCACACAUGUUAUGAAGUAAUUGAAAUAUUCUGAUCAGAUUGUUUCUGAUGUAUAAUUAUUGAUACCUAUCAUAAUAUGAUUUCUAUUCCUCUGAAAGCAUUGUGAAUGUUUUGUUGCCCAGAUUUUCAGAUCUUUGUAGUAUAUAUUAAAUAGAAGUAUUUAAGUAUAGAUAAAUGAGCAAAAGUAUAGAAUGGGUUGGAUGAAUUGAGAGUGUAGGCUUGGCAAAAAUAUAGAUACACCUUGGGAUAAGCUAAUUAAUUCAACUGUUUUAUAAGGUCUGUCUGAUAAGAUGAAAGCUUAAAGAGUCAUUUUCACUGUUUUCUGUGAUACUGAAUGUUUAGUAGGUACAAUAUUUUGGCUUUCAGAAUGUGAUUGAUUGAAAUUCAUCUCUAGUAUAAUUUUUAAAUAUCUGAAAAUUAUUGUGUAAUUAUGUUUAAAAUAUCCUCUACUUUGCAUUUGACGAUUACACUAAAGCUCACAGGCUUCAAAAUGAUUAAUUCAUAUUUCUAUUUUCUUAAAAUAUAAUUUUAAUCAGAUAUAGCAUGAUUAAUAAUAAUCAGUCCUUUAGUAGUUAAAUUGCUCCUCCCUCAUUUAGAAUCAUGUAUCAGGAUUACAAUUAAAAGUAACAGAUAAAUUUAUGGUACAUUGAGGUACUUCUAAUCAUCUGAUUAUUAUUUAGCAAAAUCAUAUAAGGUCAGAAUCCAUGUCUAAGCCUCUAAAUAAGAUUGUCAUUUAGUCGCUAAGUCAUGUCUGACUCUUUAUGACCCCAUGGACUGUAGCCUGCUAGGCUCCUCUGUCCAUGAGAUUACAGCUUCUAUUUUCGUCUAGAUGGAUAAACUCCCUUAUAAUCUUGAAUCUGAACACAAUUGGAAUCAUGAGUGAACUUGCUAGUAUUUUACCUUUAAACUACCAACAUCAAAGCUCAAAUUAACAUCCUCCUACACACAGUUUAUAAAAUUCCCCUAUAAAAAUUAAACAGGGUGUGUUGAGUCACUGAGAAAGUAGUUUAUUUUUUCUUUUUUUUAAAUUUUUUUCUACUGAGAAAGCAUUUGAUGAUCAUCUUUUUGUAUAUCAUUGGAAGCUUACACCUUAAUAAGCAAGCUUUUGAUAAUAAAUAAUAAAAAUAUUUGAGUCCACUAAAAAUUACAGUGAAUUUAUUUCCUCAGUUAAUUCAUGUAGUUGCUGAUCAGACCACUCUUAAUGUUAGACUUAAGUACUAUUGCUAAUUAUUUGAAAGCAGAAGAGACAAGAAAAACUAAAUGAUGAGCUUAAGUAGCAGCUUGUUUCUAAUUCUUUUGAUAUACAUUUUUUAAAUAAAGGAAUUGGUUUAUAUUUAAUCUUCCUCUGUGGCCUUCUGGCUAGCUGGAGAUAAAGAAGGGAUUCUACUAAAUGAAUUUUUACUGUGGACUAUUAAGUGUAAUUAAUAAGUAGAACAGUAAUGUAUUAAUUGGGAUAAAAUCAGAAUUCUGAAAAAUUGUUUCCUCACACCUCCUUGCUUUUUAAAGACAGUUCUUCCCAUUUUGCUGCCUGGCCUCAGACUCAGGACACGGGGACAGAUGGAAGGGUGGGAUGAGCAGCAGCUUUAGAUGAGGUUGGUUAGAGAUUGAACUUCUUUCUUUGUGAAGGUGUACAUACUCCUAAAGGGAGGCAGUUUUCAUAAUAGACACAUGUGUUUUAGUGAAAGCCAAAUGAUUUGCUCAUUUUUAUUUUAAAAAGAAAAUAGAAAAAUAUCCGUCAUGAGCUAUUUUCAGUUUUCUUCGGAGGUAGUGACAACCUCUUAGCAGGGGCACACAUCUGUGAAACUGGAAUUAGAAACUCACAAAGCUAUAUAUAGAGACUCUGAAGGUGGUAGAUGGAGCUAGUUUUGGUUACAAUGAUUAAGAUCAAUGAAGUGUCAGAAUGUCUGAAUUUAAGGAGCACAGAACAAAUACCAGGUCAGAUCAGAUCAGAUGUAUAUCACAGAAAGCCUGUGAAAAUUAGCACAAAAGACUAUCUGUGUUCAAGUAAUACUAAAACAAAACAUUUUUUUCCCUUUUAUAACAAGCCUGGCUGAGCUAACAGUCAGAAAGAAGAAUACAAUUUGAUUUUGUACUUCAUUUUUUUUUUGUUGUUCUGACAUUAUAGAAGUUAUAUCAUUCCCUAGCUGGAAAAUCUAAUCACAAAGAUUAGGAAAUAUUUAUUCUGUGUAGUAACAUCUAUAAAAUGGCUUGCGGGAUCUAUACUAUAUUCCAUAUUCUUCUUCACAUUGCUUCCAAAUUGGGCUUUAGCUGCAAGCAAAACAGGUGUUCAACUUUAGAGGAAAUAAAAGACUUUAUGACACCAGGCCUUUCCAUCUUAUUCUGGGAUGCUCCAGAGACCUGGAACUGGGGAGACAAUUACCUACAGCAUUUGAUGAUGUUCUGAAGGAGAGAUGAAGAUGUACUCUCAGUCUUUUAAAAUUAAAUGGGUUAGAUAGUCUAUAAACAUCAUUCAAAGAUGUUUCACUUUAUAUGUGGGUAGUUAAUUCAAGCAGAGUUUCUUUAGAACUGAAAUUUUAAAAGAAAGAAGCAAACCUGACCAAUUUUUAAUCAGAAUUAUUAGACUGUUUUUUAAAUUUAUGUUUAAGUGAAGAAAAAUUAUUUUACAAUAUUGUGUUGGUUUCUGCUGAACAGCAACACAAAUCAGCCGUAAGUUCACAUAUAUUCUCUCCUUUUUGAAUCUCCCUCCCACCAAGCCCCCAUCCCACCCCUCUAGGUUGUCACGGAGCACCAGGUUGAGCUCCCUCUGUUAGAAAAAUAAUUUAGGACAAAAAGUUGCUGUCUUGAAAGCCAAGUUACUUAUAGCAAAAUUUCAGAAUGCUAAAGAUUUUUGAAAGCUUUCUAAAGGUAUCAAGUGAUUCAGCACUGAGAAAGAAAAAGAAAACAAAGAAUUGUAAAUUACAUUUCGAUAUUUUUCUCUAUGUUUUCCAUUUGUUGCAACAAAGAUGUAGAAGAUAUAAUAAAUGAGACAAAGUUAUUAAUUUUGGCAAUGAGCUAUGGUUUGCAAAUUUGGCAACAUUAUUUUACUUAAAAUAAUAAGCUGUUUUUAAUAACAUGAGGGUUGAGGAUAACAUUCAAGUAUACUAUAUUCCCAUUCAUCUAUAUAUGGAUCUAGAACAAAGUAUCUCAACUUCUGAGGAUAAAAUCUAAAUGAAAACUAAUUUAUGUUCAAAAAUUUUGAACAAUAAAUAUAUUAUUCUAUAUGUCUUCUAACUAACAAGAAGGUAUGCAUUUCUAUACUUAAUAAAAUCUCAAUUCCUAGAACAAUUCUGUUUUUAUUGACUCCCAAGAAGCUUUCCUUUAUGGUCAAUAUCACUAUCGUUUAAGGCUGGCAAGAGAGUAUGGGAUGAUACAUAAUACCUGAGAAUAGGAUGAUCUGCACCAAUUAUUUCUGUAAAAUAAUUUAAAAUCUGCCCCCCUCCAACUUUUUAAGCUUUUUUUUAGUUCAAAUCUCCAUAGUUAAAUAAAAUUCCAUGUUGGAGUGGCCAGAUGUUAUCAACAUGAAACCCCCCCCCCUCCAAAUUUUAUUGAUAUAAAUUACCUGGUUAAAAUGAGAACCUAACCUGGGCUUGAAGUCUCAGAUAUAUUGUUUUUGUAUUAUUUGACUAGAAAGUAUUAUCAAGAAUAAGAAAUUUGUUAUUAUGUUAGAUCUCAUUCUAGCAAAGCAGGUAUAGAUAAACUGGAUGAGUAUAAUUAUCUACAAUAAUUCAAGGAAUUUUUUAAAAAUUAUUUUUGCUCUUUUUGUACAAUGAUAAUUACUAGUGAAUGGUGGCCAAAAUUAUUAUCCUUAUCCUUUUAAUUUGUUUCAAGUAUGUUACCAGACAAUUAUAAAAUCCAUCCCUUUCAUUUGUUAUGCAAUUCAGUGACCUGAAAUAGUUGGUACUCAUUGCUUUUUCUUUUAAUCCUUAAAAUACUUUUUUUUCCUGUCUAAAGAAAAAUUCUCCUACUAAAAUGCAAAUGAAUAUCUGACUAUAGGAAGUAUCCCAUUUUACUUCAACUGGACUGCAA